UGUGUGUGUGUGGGAACAGAAGGUGAGAAAUUUGGGGGUCAGCCCGGGUCCUUCAGGUAAUUGUGCUUCUUAAACUUCUGACCCACUAAGCCGUACUUAGUGUGGCGCUCGCUCCCCUUAUUUCCCCCGAGAGUUUUGACUCUGCAUACCAGGACGUGUGUGUGUGUGUGUGUGUGUGUGUGUGUUUCUGAUACAAUGAGUGUCUGAGCACAUGUGGUCAGCUUCACACGAGCUCAUCCUUCCUCAUCUGCUCUGGCAUGGCGCUCACUGUCCUGCCCACACAGUCUGACCGCUCCGUCUCUAAAACAAUCAGCCUAUAAAGAUGUAGUCGUUUGUCACGUAGGUGAAAAUAGGUUAUUUUGACAGGUUGGUCUCUGUGAGGCACGUUACAGGAAUGCGCGCUCAGGCACCGGACGAUCUGGAUUAUUCCCAUGACUCAAUUUAGGGGAUUUUACCUUCGCCGUCGGUGUGCGUUUUAAUGUGAUCGAACUCAAGCCACCAAACCUGCUCACGCUCCGCGAGCAGCGAAGCAGCUGGGACCGUGCAAUGUUUGGGGGGCGGGGGGGCAACGGCGAUGCUUCCCCCCCCCGUUUAUCACAGCGUGUCCCCUCUCUGUCUUCACGUUGAGCCCCGUGAGGAUGACGGAUGAGGAGGUUCCUGUGUCGUUCUCGGCGUUGCCAAUACACACGGCACCGUCAUGUAAUGGUUUACAGAUGAAGACCAGAAAAUGAAAUAUCCACCGAGUCAGUAACAGUUUACCCGCUGGGUCCUGUAUCAUUUUUUAGAGAGUGAUGAAUGUGCUGCUUACUUUUCUCGGAUUCUUUUAUGGUUUUUGAGCAAUGACCUUUUCAUUUGAGUGUACAUUUUGUAACAUUUGUAGGACUUUCCCGUUGAGUGAAGCUGAACAUGCUGGAUGCUGUUUGCUUUUCUUACGACGAUACAUUUCACACGUAUAGAACUUAACUUAACUACCGCUGCACAGAUGCUCCCACCGGGGAGAAGAUGGCUGAGGUGAGUCAUUUAGCUUCCUCACCCCUCAUGAUUGGGGAAAGCGCGUGAAGACGAAGGUCCACGGGGGCCAGUUGUUUUUAAACAAACCAAAUCUGCUAACAGUUUUAUAACCCUGACCUCGUAAAAAGCGGCUGCAGCUUUUGGUCAGCUCCCUCCUGAUGGGACCAGCAGAGCCGUCCAGGCCUGGAAUUCCCAUUUGCCGCCGUGGAGCGCGUCGAUGCGUCAGCUGGUGUGUGUGUGUGUGUGUGUGUGUGUGUGUGUGUGUGUGAGAGAGAAAGGGCGUAUGAUAUACGAUUGCUGUGUCACGAUCCACAUGUGACGAGCGUCCUCACAGGCCGAGCAUCCAGGCUGAUCUCCCCGCUGGAGAGAAAGUCAGAGAGUGUGACUGUGGGACAGCAAAGAGAGAGAGAGAGAGAGGGAGAGAGAGGGAGAGGGGGAGGGAGGGAGAGAGAGGAGGUGAGAGAGACCGAGGGAGGAGAGAACAGCGCUCAGACAAUCCGUGUGCGUGUGUGAGAGAGGUAGAGACAGGAGGAGAGAGGAGCUGGCGGGGAAACAAUAGUUGAACUACCAAAUCGAGAGCUGCGUGCAGGAUCUCCGCCGCCCUCCGGAUGCCUCUGCUGUCUCUCUGCUGAAGACCGCGCUGGAUCCAGACCUGCGGGGGAUGGAGCGGCCCGACGGACCGACCCCCCUACCAGCGUUCGGCCUGCAGCUAGUACCGACCAGGAGAGAGACCCCGGCAGAACCCACAGGCGUCCUUUUCAGGUCCCGAUCAUGAAACCUUUCGUCUGCGCGGGCCCCCCCUGCGGCCUGCCGCUGCUGCUGGUCCUGGUGUGCUGCCCCCUGCUGGGCCUGGUCCAGUCCGCCGGCGGCAGCAAGGCCGGCGAUAACGAACACCCGCACCUGGGAGACGCCGACCCGGAGCGCUGCAUGAGGCACCACUACGUGGAGACCAUCGCGCAUCCCAUUUACAAGUGCAACUCCAAGAUGGUGCUGCUGGCGCGCUGCGAGGGCCACUGCAGCCACACCACCCGCUCCGACCCGCUCAUCUCCUUCAGCUCGGUGCUCAAGCAGCCCUUCAAGAGCACCUGCUCCUGCUGCCGGCCGCACACCUCCAAGCUGAAGGCCGUGAGGCUGCGCUGCGCCGGCGGCAACCGCAUCACGGCCACUUACAGAUACAUCCUAGCCUGCAACUGUGAGGAGUGCAGCUGAGCGGGGGCGGUGGGGGGCGGGUGGGGGGCUCAAGACUCUGCAGAUCCCUUUGGCCUGGGACUCACAGGCUUUCCAGAGAACUUGAUAACGGACCCGCAGCCUGCGAGAGAACAUUCUGUAUGUGCAUCCAAUCAGAACAAGCAUAUUCCUCCCGCGCACGAGGCCAGACGCCACAAACCGCCGCCCCCAGGGGCCCCCUCGCAGGCGGAGACGCACCGCGCUCCUCACAGUAAUCCCCAACGCACACGCGCUCACCAACCGCAGUAUGCUCGUUACUCGUAAUGUCUGUGCCAACCCUCCGCCCGGCGCCACGCGACAAGAGAAACACACAAACAAGGAAAACACGCGGGCGUGAAAAGGACACGUGGUGGAGCUACAGAGAGGCCCCCCCCACCCGCUCCUCCGCCCAAUAAGUCUGGAGCCCCCCCCCCCCCCCCACCCCGGAGACCCGUCGGGUGGAGAGGAGAGCGAGGAGGCGCCCGGGAGGCCGCGGCGGCCGCCGAUGGGCCGUCGGUGUUUCCACGUUAAAUGUCAUGUGUUCUAUUUGCAUCUCUGUGAUGCUCCUCUGCGUUCAUGGACCUGCAGCUGCGUUGUGAAAAGCUCUUUGCCUGCUGCGUCGCGCCGCUCGUGUCCGUCUGCCUCAUGAAUACACAACUUCAAAAUCACACGUGAUUUCUUCCAGGUGUCUGUGUGUGUGUGUUUGUGUGUCUGUGUGUGUGUGUCAGGCUCAAACAUCGGUGCUUUUGGUCAGUUUAUCUGGUAAUUAGUUGCUUCUAUCGUGAAAUAAAAUUAAAAAAACUCACCCGAAAAAAUGAAUACCUCCCCCACUACUGAAUAUUUGAGGACUUCCCUGAUUUUAUCAUGUUUUAUUGUCAAUUUGAGAUUUCAGGUCAGGUGGUUAAAUUAUUCAUGCAUCCAGUAAAAAAUAGACAUUUUCAAAAUGCUUAAAUUCAGUUUAAUUCUCAUCAGAAAAAUUCAACUGGUUGGAUCCUGAAGUCAACAUUUGAGGUUAGUGGCUGAAACGGAGGAUAUUAAAUAGUGGAUCAUAAAUUUGUCUCUUGCCUCUUUAAACCUCUUUAAUAAACUAUCCUGUCAUUUAUUACUGUUUCCCUCGCUGGCCUUUUUAAGUCUGAAUCUGAAGCUUCAACAUGCAUCAUUUCAUCAUCUGGAUCCAGCACAGAAACAAUGGACCCUCCAGCCAACGUACAUUUAAAACGCAUUGUAGGUGGAUUUCAUGAACAUCUUUAGGAUUAGAAGCAGUGGUCAAAUACAGCUGCAGUGGGAGUUUUCCACCAUCUUUCCACCGGAGCCGAGAAUGUGAAAAUAAAGUGCAGCAGCAGGAGGCUAAUGAACGUGGCGGUUGUGAAAUCAAGGCGGACUAAUUUAAAAGCAGUCCUUCGCUCGGCCGCCUGCGGCACAGACGUUGAACGCAGAGCAACUAACGCAACAUAAAAGAAAAUUGGAAAUAGGCCUCAUAACAAUAAUGAAUCCAACGUGAGCCAGAGACCUGGAUCCGUGUGUGGAUUAACCAAGUGACCCGUUGAAACAAUGCAGAGCGAGGCGGUUGGUUUUGUGGGCCCUUUGCAUCAAGCACACUUUAUCCAUCCUGGGUCCUAAUCACAACCGUGGAACACAGAAACCGUAAAAUAGGCCCGUUUCGUUUUUACGGCCUGCUCGUUAGGGAGAAACUCACAUCUGUGUGUCUGGCAUUCCAUUAACGCGCCAGACGUGACACGUGGACGGCGGCCAUGAGCCGGACGGUCGGCCUGUGUGUGUGUGUGUGUGUGUGUGUGUUUGUGAGGUUUGUGCUCAGCCGUCAGCACGCGUCCUCCUGAGAAGACGUGAGAGCAAUAAUGUGAGCGCCGUUGGAGCUUUUUUAGUGUGAGAGCGGAACAGGAAGGAUCAUUUUUCCUGUUUUCAUAACCUUUUAUCCGGCGCGGUAAAGUGUGCGUGAGCGUGACAGCUGAGCCUUCAGUGUGACUGGCGGGGAGCAGAGGUGAGACGAUUGACACGACGUGUCCGGGGGGACCGCGUCCAAAAGGCCUCAACGCCAUCAAUGCCGAGGUGUCCGAGGUAAUCGUUACCUGACAUGUCCUGACAAUGACAAAGGGGACAUUAUUGUCUCACUUUGUGGAACACUGGUGACGUAAUAUUAAUAUACAUCGUUUAAAACAACAUAAUAGCUGCAACAUAAACCUAAAGUGAAUGUCUUGCAGAAACACACACCUUUUUAUUUGAGCGAGCUCUCCGCUCUCAUUCAUCCGGAGUAUUUAUCAGUACGACCAGGAAAAGAAUAUGUGUGUGUUAAGACAAAACGUGCCUGUGAAGUCCAGGCGUGUGCUGCCCUCUGCUGACCGGCCGCACAGUGCCUCCGCGUGUCACAUGUAGAGAGGAUGAAACAAGGCAUUGUGGGUUGCUUUUCACUUCCUCUAUUCACUCACUCGGUGGUUUGUCCCCUGCUGAGUCUCGGAUUAAACCAAUUACUUUGUU